GAGAGUGUUAGCCUCUUUUGGGUACAUUGAUUUAAAGAAUUUUAACUACUGUUUUCUUUCACUGAGUUUCCAGUGGGAGUGCCGGCAGGGGAUUGUUAGUUGGCAAAAAUGUGGUGGAUGAAGAGAUUGUGUUUCUGGAAAAGAUGCUGAUUUACAUGAAGAACUAAAUCCAAAGAAGUUUGUAUUAUACUGGGGGGGCAAAUGUUAUUCUAGGGGAGCAAGGCAUCAAUUUGAAGCUAUUUGAUCUACAUUUUGAUUUUGGUUCAGUACAUGCCCUAAGAUGUGAGCUAGGAAACAUGGACUGAGAAAUCAGCUUCAGAGAAACAAAAUACGUCACAGAACUGGUUUUAAAAGAGGUGAAAAUACUCAACAAGGAAUACAGAUGUUGUUGAAAGCCAAAGUGUAAGGGAGAACUUUUCAAAGCCGGCAUGACUCACUGAACGGUGAGAAUAUCACAAAGUGUACAGGCAGCUGUGUUCACAGGGCUGUUUUAAACUGACAGCUAACUUUUCAGUGGAAGUGUUAUGACCAGGGAAGAAGGUUACAGAGAAGAAUUUAGCUAUGACAGGAUGCCAACUUUGGAGCGGGGAAAACAAGAGAAUGGAAAUUAUAUACCAGAUAUCAAAUCCAGUGACCUUCAGCUGUCAAAGAGGCUGCAUCCUUGCUUUAGUUACAAAACAUGGAUAUUUUCUUUGCUGAUGGGAACUUGCCUCCUUAUUACUUCUGGAUUUUCACUAUAUCUGGGAAAUAUUUUUCCAUCUGAAAUGGAUUAUUUACGUUGUGCAGCAGGUUCAAUUCUCUUUGUCUCUACAUUUGCUGUUACAACAACGUGUUUAGUUUGGUUUGGAUGCAAACUUGUCCUCAAUCCAUCAGCUAUAAAUAUAAAUUUCAACUUGAUUCUACUUAUUCUGCUGGAAAUCUUCAUGGCAACUACUGUGAUCAUUUCAGCAAGGUCUACCGAAGACUGCUGUACAAGAAAGAAAAAUGCUGCACAUGACAGUGCCAUUGUUUUGAGCAAUGUCAGCUUUCCUGCUCGAAUUCUGAAGUCAUACUCAGUAAUUGAGGUGAUUAUUGGAAUUUCAUCAGUAUUUGGUGGAAUAAUUGCUUUGAAUAUGGAUGUUCUAGUCUCAGGUCCAUACCUCUCAGUAACAUUCUUUUGGAUCUUAGUUGCUUGUUUUCCAAGUGCUAUUGCGAGUCAUGUAGCUGCUGAAUAUCCAAGUAAAUGUCUGGUUGAGGUCCUGAUUGCCAUUAGCAGUGUUACCUCUCCUUUGUUGUUCACUGCUUCCGCAUACUUAUCCUUCAGUAUCAUGCAAGUUGUUGACAUCUUUAAAAGUUAUCCACCUGCUGUGAAACAAUCUUAUGAUGUACUCCUGUUGCUUCUGAUGUUGAUGCUGCUAAUUCAGGCAUGCCUUACUAUUGGAACUGUAAUACAGUGUGUGAAUUACAAGACAAAAAUGAAACUACAAGAUUCAGCAUGGACACCAUCACAGGUUAAAAAACAGGAAUACAGAACAACAGAGGUUUCCAAUAAUACCUUAAAGGAUUUUGACAAAGAUAAAGCUUGGAAAGCAGUUGUGGUGCAGAUGGCUCAGUAGUUUGGAUUCUACAAAUGCAGCCAACACAGCACAAUCCAAUAAAGUAAAUCAACUGUUUGAAUGAAGGUUUAAAAACUUCCAUUUUUAAACAGCAAUAUAGUUGCAGCAAUAGGAGCCAUGGAAUAACACAGUAAAUGAUGUAUCUUUCUAAUAAUUUUAAAAUUUGUUGAUAAUAUUUUAACACAUCUGUUUUUUCUGUUGGUAUCUGUAGUCUAGUGUUUAGAAGAUACCUUUAGAAAAAGGUAAUGAGUUGCAUGGAUUUAUGCUGAUGGCAAGGUAAAAUAUUGCAAUAUGUAGUAGGCUUCAUACAUUUGCAAGAGAUUGUUAUAACUGCAGUUAUGCAGUCAGUGUGACUGAUAAAUGCUUUUGUAAAGUUAUGAGUACAAGUCAUAAUUGAUGUUUUUGCUUAUACUUCACUUUUGUAGGAGUUGUAAAGUGUUCUGCAUCUUAUUGCUUUUAUAUAAAUAAAAGUCUUUAUUAUGUGGAAACUC